UUCAUUGUGAUAAAUAAAUGUGCUGUUUUUUUUGUUUAUAUCAUCACAUCUAUCACAUCAAUGUUCAGCUUUUAAAAAACAAAAAACCUAAACGACAAAGUUUUUUUCUUCAAAUUUCCUUUUUCUUUUCGUUUAUUACAUCGAAAAAAGUGAUGUUGAUCCAUCAUCAUCAUCAUCAACAUAAACAUAAAUGUUCGAUUUAAAAUAUUGGAUUCCUCAUAAGACAGGUAGUUUAGAUAAAAUGAAAAACUAAUGUUUAAAAAAAAUGGCGCAAACUCAAACCGAACAAAAUCGAAAACAACCACCAUCAUCAUCAUCAUCAUCAUCAUCAACCACACAAAAUGGUCAUCAAAUAUUGAAUAUUUCAUCACCACCACAACAACAACAACAAUCAACGCAAAAUCCGAUUACAGUUCCAUCAUUUGAUUAUCAAUUAAUUAAUGUUAAUAUAACUAGUUCAUCACCACCGGAUAGUGAUGAAAAUAAUCAUCAACAAGAACAACAACAAAUUAAUCAUAAUCAUUAUAAUAAUAAUCAUCAUCAUCUUAUUAAUCAUCCAAAUUCAAUGAUCGAUACAAAUGAUGAUCGAUCAUCGGAUUGUUCAUCAUCAUUAGGUGAACAUUCAAUUAUGAUAACAACACCAAAUAAAUUAACAAUAAUACGUGCAAAUAGUGCAAAAAAUCCAACUUAUAGUUCUGGAUAUCGUCGAUCAAAUCUAUCAUCAUCAUCAAGUGGUGGUGGUGGUGGUGGUGGACGAACAUCACGUAAAUCAUCAACAAUUAUGUUUCAAGAACCUCAUAUAAUCAAAAGACCAAAUUCCACUAUUGGUAUUCCUACCUCAAUGCGAGAUUCUUUUCUGAAUACAACUGGCACUAAACAACAACAACAUCAACAGCCCCAACAACAACAACAACAGAUACGACCAACCAAAACAACAAUAAUAGCACCAUUGGUAAAUAAUUCGCAUCAAUUUCCUAUCGAACAAACAUUAACAACAACAAUGACUACGACAACAACAACAACAACAACAAUGACAAUUACACCGGAAUCGGAUAUAUCCAUAGCACAAGGAUUUAAUCCGGUUAUACGUGAAAAAGCAUCAUCAUUAACAUUACCGGAUUUACAAUUACAAUUUUUACGUAAAGGUUCUUCAAAUCCAUUCAUAACGACAACAUCCAAUGCGUCCGAUGUAAAGCCAUCUUUAUUAUUAUCAUCAACA